UUAACCUUAUUUCUAUUGCACACUCUUUAUGUAUCUAGUGCAAACAAAGUUGAUGAUGAAGAUUAUGAAGAUACAGUAUUAAAUAGAACAUGGGUCCUGGCACCAAGAGUCCAUGAGAGUGAUGUGACUAAUAUUCUGAAUGACUUACUGAAAGGAUAUGACAACAAACUUAGACCAGAUAUUGGAGUGAAGCCAACAGUGGUUGAAAGUGAUGUCUACGUGAACAGCAUUGGACCGGUUGAUGCAAUUAAUAUGGAAUAUACCAUUGACAUAUUUUUUGCACAGUCUUGGUAUGAUAGCAGACUUAAAUUUAAUGGUACAAUGAAGGUUCUCCUGCUAAAUAGUAACAUGGUCGGCAAAAUCUGGAUCCCAGACACUUUUUUCCGAAACUCAAGAAAAUCGGAUGCUCACUGGAUAACAACUCCCAAUCGAUUGCUAAGAAUUGGGAAUGAUGGAAAAAUACUGUAUACGCUAAGGUUGACCAUCAAUGCUGAAUGUUACCUUCAGCUCCAUGACUUUCCUAUGGAUCAUCAUUCCUGCCCUCUGGCAUUCUCGAGUUAUGGGUACCCGAAAAAUGAAAUUAUGUACCGCUGGAAGCACGAUCCAGUUGAAAUUGUUCAUCAAAAACAUUGGAGACUUUACCAGUUUGCAUUUGAUGGAUUCAGAAACACCACUGAUGUAAUGCACACACAAUCUGGAGAUUAUGUCAUAAUGACAAUAUUCUUUGAUCUAAGUAGAAGAAUGGGGUACUUCACUAUUCAGACCUACAUACCUUGCUCGCUUACAGUGGUCCUGUCUUGGGUGUCAUUCUGGAUCAAUAAAGAUGCUGUGCCAGCGAGAACAUCAUUAGGUAUUACAACAGUUUUAACUAUGACGACGCUAAGUACAAUUUCCAGGAAAUCGCUACCAAAGGUGUCCUACAUAACUGCCAUGGAUCUCUUUGUGUCUGUUUGUUUCCUCUUUGUAUUCGCUGCCCUCAUGGAGUACGGGACCCUGCAUUAUUUUGUCAGCAACAGAAAUAACAGCAAAAAAAAGAAGCAGAAAUCCAAACCAGCUAAAUCACCUGGCAUUAAAGUCCGUCCAGGAUCAACAUUAAUUCAGGUGAACAACAUCACACACCUACAAGAACGUGAUGAUUAUGGCUACGAGUGCUUGGAUGGCAAAGACUGUAACAGCUUCUUCUGCUGUUUCGAGGAGUGUCGUACAGGUGCAUGGAGGCAGGGUCGAAUACAUAUCCGUAUUACCAAAAUUGAUUCCUACUCUAGAAUAUUCUUCCCUACAGCAUUCGGUUUGUUCAAUCUCGUUUAUUGGAUUGCAUACCUUUACCUAUAA